AUUUGACACGAGAGAACGCAUUUGCUUUUGUUUUGGUGACCUGCGAAGACACAUCCUUCGUCGAUCGUCGCGAAAAUACAUUUCCUGUUGCGAACGUGUCAGAUAAAAUAGCUGGGUUUGGGACACUCGCUGCAUUUUAAACGGACUAACUUUCAAGUUGUGUACUUUGAGAUUAAAGACUGAAGUAUAUUACAUACUAGAAAAUGGGGGAAGAAGUUGCGGCCGAGAAUGGCUUAAAAACACACAUAACACUUGACACAGAAGUCGCUAACGGAAUCAAACAUGCUGUUUGGACUCUAGAUGAAUCGAAUACUGGCAAAGUAGCGAAAUCCCAACUACAAGCCAUGGUGGCUAACGUUUGUCAGGCCCUUAAAAUUCCUUUCGCGAGUGAUGGCUUAGAGAAUUAUUUGCCAGACAACACCGAUCUGUCAGUGUCAGAAUUUCUUGAAUUUUUAGAAACUCAACUGCUCGUUAAAGGUAUGUAAAUAUGUGUAGAAGAAACCUCUCUCGAGGCAGUAUUUUCUCAGCAAAUAUCACACACAGAAUGAGUGUGCUUUGCCCCUUAUAUGGCAGCCUAUAUUGAUCAAGGAGUCUCAAUAUAACUACUCCAAAAUUUAAUAAGAAUUUAACGGUAUUUUCUCAAAGUAAAUUAGUUUAAAGGAUUGAUUUAACAUGUGAUAAGAGAGCAACAAUUUUAAACGUUAAUUAAGCCUGGAGUGAUGAUAUUUUGUUUGGGAACGAAAUCUAUUAUGACAAUCGCAAUGGGGGAACUCAUGCGUUUAUCAUUUUUUAAUAAAAAUUGGCUUUUACAUAUGCGAAAGAGUACAGUUUCCUCGAUAUGUUUCGCUUGUGUGUUUCUGUACUUUUGUACUGUAUAGUCUUUGUAACUAUUGGCUGAAAAUUGUACAAAUUAUGGCGUAAAAAAGGGGACAUCUAAUCCUGUUUGGUUUGUUUUGCAUUCCAAAGAACGCAUUUAGUUCCGUAUUGAAUAUGUUGUUACAAUUAUUGUGUUGUAUCAAAUUUUAUGUAUUCAUUUUAUUCCAAGGCAUGUAGAUGUAUUGUUGAUGUACAAUUUUUGGCAAAUACUACAUUUCCGACCAUUCUUAAUUCACAAAGUUUGUUCUCAUGUUGUUGUGAUCUCGUGUUGAAAAGCAUGUAGGCGGAAAUACGUUUUCACAGCACCCUUCCAUUAAACUAAUGGGAUAUAAAUAGUAUUUAUAGUUGCUUGAAACUAUGGGUGUUUGAAUACAUCAACCAAUUAAUAUAAGAGUAACAUUGAUAUAUCCAAUGAAUGUGGUUGGAAUUGGAAUAUUGGGUCAAAAUACUGUCAUUUGCAUCUAAAUAUGAAAGAUUGUCUGUACUCUUGAGUAAAAGCAUAGGGUAAAAUGUAAUUACUGUAAUGAUUUGAAGAUUUCAAUUUAUAGCCUUUUUCAUGCUUGGCUUAUCCACCAUUUUAGGGGUACAGUCUCUCCCGAGAGUGCACACACUGUGAAAUGUGACUUUUUAUCACUGUAGGUGUGUGUGUAAUAGUAAAUUUAGGGACCGGUCAUAAAGUAAAGGGGGGGGGGGCACUGGGAAAAUCAUAUAUUUGGUGUCUGCAAUUUUGGUAGCCCACCCCUUAAUAGCUGCUCGAAAAUUUGUAGCCCAUCCUUAAAUUGGUGCUGAAAAAUUAUGACCCACUUUUACAGAAAGGCAAAGAUACCAGCGUUCCAUUUUUCUGUUGCCAAAUAAUUCUGUGUUACAAUACUCAAUAGCUAUUCAAAUGGUGCAAUUAAAUACAGAAAGGUCUUUCUUUGCAUGGAACUUCCCAUGCAUACUGCAUUAUCUUUCAGCUCAGAAUUAGAGAACUUUAGUUUGACAUUUACGGCUAACGUCAAUCCGCUAACAAUGAUUGUGAUUUAACUACGCUCUCGUAGAAAUUACACUCAUUUUGCUACAUAAUAAACAUCCUGUACAAAGAUUGUGACAUUUAACUAUAAUAUCAGAAAAUUAGUUAGCCACUAAAUUCAAUUUCGAAUUCGAACACUUUACGAAAUAUGGGGAGGGGCUUGUGAAAAAUUUUAAAAUUUGAAUCCCAGAAAUGGCAUUUGCAGCAUUCUGAGAACACAUUUUGUAAAAAACUAGGUUUUCAAAACACUGUUUUAAUGGUGCGUUUCAUUAUAAAUCACAUGCUAUGAUGCUAAGUAUUGAAAACCAACAUUCAGAGAAAAUAUUACAUGAUUAUUGAUUAUUUACAUUUGUGAAUGGAAUUGCAAGGUGCUUUUAAUUAAUUUAAUUAACACGCCAAUGACAAUGCAAAAAUUUAUUCUUCAAGUGAUGAUGUUAAUUGAAUUAUCCAUUGUUUUUGAGCAUAAUAGUCUAAUACGCAUUCAAAUAUUAUUGUGCAGCAGGAAAUUUCGCCGCUAAACAAUGGUAUAAGUUUCUGAAACAACAAAAAAUCGACAAUGACAUUUAAAGAAGUGCCUGUUGCAAAAAGACAAUCCAUCAAAGAGUGUAUAAAAUGCGUAUGUUGUGAUAUGUACAGUACAGAAACUUAUAUUAUUAUAUUAUGACAACAAUUGGGUUAUAUGAGUGUGAUUUGUGUUAUUUGGUACAAGAGUGCCCGCCACUGAUUAACCAAGACAGACUAAAUUCAGCUUUUAAGUUUGAGGUUAACAUUUGCAGUAUAAAUUUUACACAUGGAUCCUAAUACAUUUUAUUUCUAUUUUUAUAAUAUGAAUUUUAAUACACAUGCUUUUGAAAAAAUUUCUGCAUAUUUUUACAUGGCCCACCCUUAUGAUUGCAAUUAACUUUCGAUGACCCACCCUUUUAACCGUGCUCAAAAAUAUUUAUCCACAUUUAUCCUGAGACAGAAAAGUUGAGACAGAAGACUCGGUGGUUUGGAUUUAUAUCAGACAAGUUUCCCAUCUCAAUCUGAGACAAGUUCUGUCUAGAUAAAAAAAAAUGGCGACAUGGACCUUGUUUUAUUUGAGUAUAGAUAAUAUGUUUUGCUUUGUGACUGUUCAUCAUCAAAUACAAGUACUGGGAGUUUAUGUAAAUCAGCAUGAUUUUGUAUCAGAUUUACAAACUCCUUCACGCUCAUGAUCCUUUUGUGUUUUUGUCAUGAAUUAUUAAUAAGUUUCACAAAUACAUAAAUUACGAAAACUGUUUCUAUUGAAACCCUUUUUCACUUGUUUCUCAAAUUAUUUCAAUUAAAUUAAAAGGUAAAAAGUUAAAUCCAAAAGAACUGAACGAGCUAUCGUGGGUUGUGGUUGGUCAGAAAUACGAAGAUGAUCCACACAUGAUAACGAAGAAAGAUGCAUUCAAAUUAUGGCUCGUUUUCAAGAAACUCGACAUCAGUGGAGAGCUUCGUGUUGAUGUGGAGGAACUAUGCAUCAUUUUGGAGAAACUUGUCCGUGGCAUUGGUGUCCAGUGGAAUGAGCAGUUUCUGACUGAUUUUGAAGAGGACGGCGCAUUAACGUUCUGGAAGUUCAUUGAUUGCCUAGAACGCAAGUUCCUUAUUGGGGUUGAGAAAAAGUAUAAAUUUCAAUCAAAAUUAUUAAUGAUUAUUACAGAAACGAUCAACAGUCUCCCCUGCGGAUAAAAUGGUGCUGUUUGGGAAGGGGGAGUAAAAACCACUUCUGAUAGUAGUAUUAGGACAUCCUAUUAAAGAGGAUGAGAAAUUGAGGACACCUUUCAAUUUACUUUUUGGGGGAGGGGUGUGAUCGAUGUUUUUUAAUGAUCCAAUGUACGUUGUAGCUAGUUUCCAUUGCCAUGUCGUUUAAUUAUCCAUUGCUUUCCACCUUCAUCAUGUUGCUAUUGCACUUUGGUCAUAGCUUGUGUAGUAUUUCAAUACAUCCUUCUGGAAAGCUGUGGCUAUACAGAGCCUUGUUUCUGUUUUGAGCCUCAGAUUGGCUUAAGAGGAAUAAGAGCCCUUUAUCAUGUUACUGAAUACAAAAGUAUAAACAGGUCUUCUAUAUUCACUAUUAUAACUGUAUGAUUUUGUAAAUUUGUCACCUGUAACUAGAUAAAUAUAAACCAAAUAUCUUGAAAACAAGGCUUUAUAGCUAAGACUGAGAACUUUCCAGAACGGUGUAUUAUGUCACAAUUUUAUUUCUUGCUUGUCCAUUUCAACACAAUGUAACAUAAUGCUGCCACGUUAAAUACUGCAAAAAUAUUCACCAAACAUUUGUAGCCCAUGUGCUCCUGAUAAUUAGGUCUGGAAGCCUUGAAAUUUUAAUAUUUAUUUAAAUAUUCUUACAAUAUAGUGUGCUACGCGAAGGUCUACAGGAGCUCUAUGACUUUAUCCUUGAUGAAGUAACGAGAACAGGCUUCCUAACGAAGAAAGGUCACAGUAUGUUAAAGAGUCUAAAAUCACGUUGGUAUGUCCUGAAACCUGACAAACUGACAUACUACGUCUCAAGCGGUUAUCGUGAAAAGAAGGGCGACAUUAUCCUCAACAAUGAAACCAAAGUAACAAGUAUCCCAGACAAAGGUAGCAACAAAUGCAGGUUUUUGGUGACCUGUGGCUUAACCAAGAAAGAUUACGAACAGACUGCCCAAGAUCAGAGAACAAAACAAGCUUGGAUGACUGACAUUCAGACUGCAAUUGGUAGGUGGAAAAUUCCAAGAAUUCUCUUGUACUCUAUGUUGCAUUUCUGUCUUUGAACUGUAGUGGUUAAGUUUGUUUGUGAGUUUGCUAUUCUCUAGCCAAUCAGUAACAUAAUGCUGCCACGUUAAAUAAUAGCCUUUCUAACUUAAACAUUCCAAGUCCAACAAACAUUCAAAGUCUGCAAUUAAUGUCCUAUAUUAUCUCUCUAUAUGUAGAUUGUUUUGGCGGGGAGACACCUCUGAAACGAGAUUUGAUAGCACGGAAAGCAAAACGUGAUGAAGACAGAGCAAGGAAGGCAGAGGAAGAGAGAAAACGACGAGAACAGGAUGAUCUUCUCGAUCAACAGAGAAAGGUAAUAACUGAAGAAUAGGAAUGUGCUGUUGUUGCUGUUGUUGUUGUUGCUGUUGCUGUUGGUGUAAGUUGUUGGUGUAAGUUGUUGGUGUAAGUUGUUGUUGUUGCUGUUGCUGUUGCUGCUGCUGUUGCUGCUGCUGUUGCUGUUGUCGUUGUCGUUGUCGUUGUCGCUGUCGCUGCUGCUGUUGCUGCUGCUGCUGCUGCUGCUGCUGCUGCUGUUGCUGCUGCUGCUGCUGCUGUUGCUGUUGUUGUUGUUGUUGCUGUUGCUGUUGCUGUUGUUGUUGUUGUUGUUGUUGUUGUUGUUGUUGUUGUUGUUGUUGUUGUUGUUGUUGUUGUUGUUGCUGCUGCUGCUGCUGCUGUUGUUGUUGUUGUUGUUGUUGUUGUUGUUGUUGUUGUUGUUGUUGUUGUUGUUGUUGUUGUUGUUGUUGUUGUUGUCGUUGUUGUCGUUGUCGUUGUUCUUGUUGCCAUCGGACGAAACAUAAGACUUAUGAAGACGAACUAGCUAGGUUUGCACGAUCCAUAUUGGCAAUCAUGGGUUCUGGAAACGAAUAAUCCCUGAUGAAUAAGUAUCUUAUGGAAAUCACUCCAACUGUAACUAAGAUUAAGUCUUCAUUUUUAUUCAGGAAAUUGACUUACUCAAGAAAAGAAAAGAGGAAAUCGAGAAGCUUGCAGAUGAAGAAAAAGCGAUGUUGGAUGCGGAGAUAAAAAGACGAGAAGAACUUGAAGAGAUACAACGAAACCUACAACAGUUACUUGAGGAACAGAAGCGAGCCAGAGAAGAAGACGAGAGGAUCAGAGCAGCGAAAGAAAGAUUGUUAGAAGAAGAACGAGUGAAGAGAGAACAACUGGAGGCACUACGACUUCAACAACAGGAAGAACUAAAAAAUGAAAAAAUGCAGAAGGAAGAAUUAAUAGAAAAACAGAAAGAACAAGAACGAAUCUUGGAAGAGGUAAAGUGAAAAUUAUUUCCGGGCGCUUAUUUGUUUGCGUUGUUGGUAGGCUUUUUCUUAUAUUAAAGGCACAGUCAGCCUUUUGAAUGAUGGUUUUUAAGGUGCAUUUCAGCCCUUUUAAUUGAAAAAACUAACUAGGAAAAUCAAUUAAGUAUAAUUCAAGAACAGCAAACUUAAUGUUUUUAACAUUUUAAAACAUUUUUGUUGUUAAAAACAUUGAGCUUUUACUGAUCUUGAAUUAUGUACAAUUGAUUUUCCUAGUUAGUUUUUUCAAUUAAAAGGGCUGAAGUGCGCCUUAAAAACCAUCAUUCAAAAGGCCGAACUGUGCCUUUAAACUGAAAACAAAUCCUGGGUUGGUUUGUUUGAGGAAUACAGAGCCGCAGAAGUAAAUUUGAAAACUGUCAACACUUAUAGGAACAAGAAAAUUAAACAACAUCUCUCAAUUCUAUUUGUUUGCCUUGAGACACAAGACUACUGCCCAUAAUGAAAAUAAUUGUCAUAAUUUUCUCACUCUGAUAAGUGCAGCUAGGUUGACCACCAUCUGCUAUACUACAGAUGAGUAUCUGUACAAAACAUGACGGCAUACCGAUCGAAUUAAGUUUAAUAAGUUCUUGGUAGUUUUGCAUGGCGACAAUACAAUAUAAACUUUGGUUAUAGAAACACCACGUAUAUUUUUUAUUGCAACGCUUCCGAUUCGUAAGCCCGGACCUUCAUCAGUACUAAUUAUAUAUGUAUUAGGAAUUGGAAUUGUAGUGAUGUAAAUAUAAUGUUCUCGUUGUUUCAGGAACGCAAGAGACUUCGACAUUUGGAAGAGGAACGGAUGAAAGCAGAGGAGGCAGCCAAGGCGGCGAAAGAUAAACUCACAGCGGCAGAACAAGCUGCAAAGAGCGCCGCCGAACAGGCUAAAGAUAAAGUACGACAACUUAAAACAUCAAUCGGCCUUAAAGGAACUGUUGGUCCAAAAGUUGAUCCUCUCGUAUCACAUCGCGGCAAAGGUGCUUUCACUUUGGAAGAGUUUCUGAACCGCGCUACAGAAUGGAGUGGCUUGCCUCUUGGCGAGGAAAAACCCAAGUCCAGUACAGCGCCUGAAGUUGAUGAGCUGGUGAAAGCUUCGGCAACUCCGGCUUCGAACCAGAAUAUCCCUGAAUUUCUCAAGAAAGCUGCUGCCUGGAGUGGACUGAAUCCUGAGACUUAUUUAGAAGCAGAGGCAGAAGGGAAGAAGAAUUCUCCUCCUCCAAAAGUUGCUGCUAAACCACCCAAACCUUUGCCUAAUGCUGCCAGGGCAGGUGAACAGGGGUUGCAAGUGGGUGAACAGGGGUCCAAGGAGGGUGUGGAAGGAUUAAAAGUUGGGGAAAAGGAAGCUGAAGUGAAUGUUGAUGAGAAGGUAGAGGGUAAUGAUGGAUCGCAGGUGGUGGGUGAUGUAUCUGAGGGGGUAACUGUGAGCAAUGAUGAUUCUCAAAUGAAGGAGGAAGGGGUUAAAGAGGAGUCUGAAAUUAAUGAGGGAUCGCAGGUGGAGGUUGUGGAUAAUGGAGAAUUGCAGGCGGUCAUUGCUGAUAAAGAGGAAUCUAAGGUGGGGGUUGUUAAGGAACCUGAGGUAGCAGUUGUGGAUAGUGGUGGAUCGGAGGUGGCGGUUGUGGAUAAUGUUUCUGAUGUAGUGGAUAAUGAUGAAUCUGAAGUGAAGAAUGAACGUGUUGAAGGAGAGUCAAAUGGGAAUGUUGAGGAUUCUCAAGUGAUGCAAGGGGAAUGUCAAGGAAGUGAAGAGAGUAAGAAUGAAUAUGAAGUGGUAGAUGGAAAUGUCCAAGGAUCCCAGGUGAAGAAUGAAAGUUCUCAGGAAGGCGUUGGUGCCGAUUCUGUUGUAACCGAGAAGAAAUCUUCAGAUGCCGGACAGGAUGAGGAGAAGAAAUCUGAAGCUGAAGAAGAAAGGAAGGAAUCUGAUGUCGUGCCUGAGGCAGCAAACUCUGGUGAAGCUGGAGAGAAAAAUUCUGAAGUUGGGGAUGAGGGAGCAAAAGAAGCUGGAGUUGACGUGGCCAAAGAAUCACAGUCUGAUGAUACGUGCUCUGAGGUAAACAAAGAAGAAUCUAAGGAAAACAAAGAGGAAUCGGGAGUAAACGAAGAAGAAUCCCAGGAAAACAAAGAGAAACCUGGAGGAAACGAAGAAGAAUCCCACGAAAACAAAGAGGAAUCUGGAGUAAACGAAGAAGAAUGUGGAGUGAACGACGCUCAAACAGAAGUAAACCAUGGCGAACCGGACAAGAAGGAACCGGAAUUAAACAACGAGGCAACGAAAUCCAACAACAAUGGAACAGAAAUGAUUGACGAAAACAGCGGAAUGAAGGAAGAAGCCAGCCAUGAAAACAAUCAAGAAACCGAUGCCAAGAAUGGCGAGAGUCAAGAACCUGACACAAGUGUUAGCGAUGUUGAUUCACCUGCGAGCCAGGAUGCUACGGAAGAAAAGGACAUUAUUGUCGAAAACGGACACGUCCGACAGUCCUCUGAUGACACAGAGAACGCAAACGAACUUCCGAAUAACGGAGAUGUUAAACCUGAACCGUCUGAAAAAUGUGCAAACCCUAUUGAGAACCCCACUUCGGAAAAUGUGGAAGUAAUGAGCAGUUAAAUUUUCUUUAGAUUGCUUAGUGUGAACAAUAAAAGACUAAUAAAGGACAAUAUAAGGCAUACAAUUCGACCUUGAAUUAAAGCUGGUUUACAAAGUUCCUGCAACUAUCAAAGUUCCUAAGCUUUCUAAUAAAUGUUGUGGUCACAGACAUCGAUAUUUUAAACCAGUUUUAAAUCGUUGAGUUUUGAAUGUAAGAUACUAAGUAUUUAGGAACAAACGUAUAUAAAAACCAUCGGUGCAGUGCAUGAUGGGUUGGGUUCUGUUAAUAAUUUUGUAUAUGUAGUUUUAACAUGUCGUUAAAGUUAAUUUAGAAGUAAGACUAUAGGAGGUACAAAUCGUGUAUUUAUUUUACAAUAUUGUAAUUUAUUUGUUCGUGUUUUAGU